AUGGAGAAGUUUCGCACUGUGUUGGAUUUCUGCCUCAGUCACCAGAAGGUGCUCAGUUACAGCGCCGUGUCCCUGCUGACCGCGGGCAGCGAGCGUCUCUUCUCAGUCGUGGUGUUCCAAUGCCCCUGCAACUCCUGGAACACGCUCUAUGGCUCUGUCUUCCUGCUGGUGCCUGCCCUGAUCCUCUUCCUUCUCGGCUACCUGCUGAACGUCAGGGCCUGGCGGCUGUUCACUGGCUGCUGCGCCCCAGGCAGGUGUUGCUGCUGCAUCCACAGGAGGCGCUGCUGGCGCUACUUUAGGGUGCUGUGGCUGGUGACGGUGAGCGCUGCUGUGGCCCCGCUCACCUGGAUCGCCGUGGCCCUGCUUGGGGCCAACUUCUAUGAGUGCGCAGCAAGUGGGAGCAGCCUGUUGCAGAGGCACUUGUGCCAAGGCAGAGGGACCCAGUGCCAUGAGCAGGUGGCCAGAAUACCCUGUGGUGGGACUCUCCCCCAAGGGGCACAGACAUUUGUGAGCCUUCGGACUCAGUCCCAGGUGCUAGGCUGGAUACUGGUAGCAAGCAUCAUGGCUUUAGUACUGACUGUCACAUGCAUCAACCGCUGUCGUUCUCCAGUCAGUUUUCUUCAGCUGAGGUUCUGGAAAAUCUACUUGGAAAAGGAACGGGAGGUUUUUGAGAGGAAGGCCAAGGAGCAUGCAACCAAGCUGGCAGAAAGGAACCUGAAGUGCUUCUUUGAGUCCACUGAGCCAGAACCAUUUCAGACCCCCACCAACAAAGACUGGCAGCAGAUCUCAUCCUUGUAUGCCUUCAAUACUAAAGGACAGUAUUACAGCAUGAUACACAAAUAUAUUAGUGUAAACAGAGGCACCAGCAUCAGAUCUACUGAAGAAGAUGUGUUUUCUCCUGCUCUAGGAUUUGUGGAUGGCACUGAUGUUAAUGAAACGGGGACAUUAUAAUGAAAUAAAUUCUAUUUUUGUAGAAUGGACAGUUAUGUAAUUAUGGCCAUAUAAAAAGGGUCUUUGUAUCAAU